GUCGGCGAUAAGGGUGGAAAACAGCAGCUGACGACGCAGUAGCUCGAGAAUUAGCAAGCGUGCAACGUUAGGAAAUUGGGUUCAUUUCCACGGAGCGGUAAACUUGUAGAAAAGGAUGUCGCUCAACACGGCACACGCCAACAACGGCGUUCUGAUACACGCUGGCGAAGGAAUACUAAUUUUCAGUGAUCAUGUGACGAUCGAGUUCUCCGGCCACAGCAAUACGGCCAUGAAGGGUACUAAGCAAGGACGUGUCUACCUAACCACGCACCGAGUCAUCUACAAUAGCAAGAGCGAAAGUGAUGCACUUCGCUCCUUCAGUAUGCCUUUUGUUUCGAUGCGUGAAGUCGAGGUAGAACAACCCGUUUUCGGAGCCAACUACAUCAAGGGAAAGAUUAAUGCGCAACAAAACGGCAAUUGGAUAGGUGAGGCGAAAUUUAAGAUCGUUUUCAAGCACGGCGGAGCCAUUGAUUUUGGACAGGCGAUGAUGAGGGCUGCCUCAAUUGCCCAGCGGAACGCCGGCAGUGCUCCGCCACCACCGUACACACCUCCCGGUGGUGACUGGUAUGCGGCUCCGCCGCCUGCGUAUACUCCGAAUCCUAACGGUUACGGCUGGGUGCCUGGAGCAACCAUUUUUCCCGAACAUCCGCAACCAAACACGGUCUAUAUGCACGACAGCCCGCCACCGUACCCGGGCAUCGUGUCACCGACAGUCCCGGCUGGUUACUCAUACCCGCCGCAACAGCAACAGUUUGCCGGUGGUUAUCCUCAGCCGACGCCAGGAGGCUAUCCGGUACAAGCUGGAUUUGCUGCUGGACCCGGUGCGGGCUAUCCGAAUGGAAACAUUGCGCAAGGUGGCUAUCCGCAACCUGGACCAUCCAGUGGAGCGAUGGGAUUUACGGCUCCCCCUCAGCCGCCAGCGAAUUCGAAGGAAGCAGAGGCGGCUCAGAGUGCAUAUUACGAUCCAAACAGACCACAAACCGCAUACGUUCCGCCACCGGCAUACUACGAACCGCCACCAAGCUACAGCUCGCUUAACAAGAAGGAGCAGUAAUGGCAGUAAACACAUAAAUUGUUGCAUAUUCCGUUGUUCUCCCCGUUUGUAUCCAAGCACACAUAAACCCCGUAACGGAUGGAGAAUAAUAACUGUAUAACUUGUUUUUAUAUGUUUUGGAAUUUAUCGCCGUUAAUUCUUGCUCCGCCAAUCAAUGUUAAGAAUCCGCAAUGUGUCGAGCUUCUUUCCUGUGCUCGUAGAGGGCCAGUAUUCUUUAUAGGGUAAACGGCACCAAGGAUCACCGUCUGAGAUUGUCUUUGUUAUAUUCUCAAGCUUGCUGCAUGUUAAAUCACAUAACUGUAAAAUUUAUUCGACUAAUAAACCAUACCUUAU